AUGAGCGCCCACACUCGACAAAUGGAAAACCCCACGGGGGUGGUGCACCGCUUCAUGCAGGACCAUCAACGUGUAUGCGUGUGGCUCGUGCACGAUCCGCAGUUGCGGCUGGAGGGCAACCUGCUCGGCUACGACGAGUUUAUGAACGUCGUUCUGGGUGAUACGACCGAGACGAAUCUUCGAAAUAACAAGAGCUACCGUCUGGGCAAGAUCUUGCUGCGUAGCGACAACGUCGGCGUGAUCUACCCCGUCGGUGUUUAG